AUGGCGCUUAAGGCCACGGCACAGGGCGCCGCGGAGGCGGCCGUAGCGGCCGUCGGCCGGGGCUACGACGUCGUCUCCGACGUCCGCCUCAAGUACUGCAAGGGCAAGCUCGCGGACCCUGACGCGCGCCUCAUUGACGUCUCCCGCGAUGAGAUCCAGGACGUCCUGCUCCCCGGCGGGAUCAGGGUCGCCGCCGUCCCCAAGUCCAUCAAGUGCGACAAGGGCGAGCGCACGCGGUUCCGCUCCGACGUCCUCUCCUUUCAGCAGAUGUCAGAGCUGUUCAACCGGGAGCUAUCGUUGACUGGGAAAAUUCCCUCCGGCAUGUUCAAUAGCAUGUUUGAUUUUUCCGGGUGCUGGCAGAAAGAUGCAGCUAACACCAAGUCACUUGCUUUUGAUGGUUGGUACAUUUCACUAUAUACCGUUGCGCUAUCAAAAUUGCGGAUCCUACUGAGUGAUCAUGUUACUCAGGCAGUUCCUUCAACCUGGGACCCUGCUGCUUUGGCAAGGUUUAUUGAAAAGUUUGGAACGCACAUAGUUGUUGGUGUGAAAAUGGGAGGGAAAGAUGUUAUCUAUUUGAAACAACAACAUUCAUCAAGCUUGCAACCAGCUGCUGUCCAAAAACGACUCAAGGACAUGUCGGACAGGAGAUUUCUGGAUGCAAACGGACAGUAUGACAUGAAUAACAAGGAUGUGUAUGGGAAGGACAAGCAAGAUGCAAGAGACCAACGGCUAAGAUUUGUGGAAUCAAGCCCAUCAAGUUCAUCCUGUACGAAGGAGGACUUGGUGAUGGUGGUUAAGCGGAGGGGUGGAAAGGAAUGGGACAAAGAUAUGCCUCACAGUGAUUGGAUAAACACUGUUCAAUCAGAACCUGAUGUUAUCUCAAUGUCCUUUCUACCUAUUACUUCGUUGUUGAAUGGAGUACCUGGCUGUGGGUUUCUGAAUCAUGCAAUUAAUCUAUACCUACGCUAUAAGCCUCCGAUUGAAGAACUACAUCAAUUUUUGGAGUUCCAGCUACCAAGACAAUGGGCACCUGUGUACAGUGACCACCCUCUUGGCCCUCAGAGGAGGAAACAGAGUAGUGCAUCUUUGCCCUUAAGUUUUAUGGGACCGAGGCUCUAUGUCUGCACUAAUAUGGUUGAUGUGGGUGAAAGACCUGUUACUGGGAUUCGGUUGUAUCUUGAGGGGAAGAAAAGCAACAUGCUGGCUAUCCACCUUCAACAUCUAUGCUCGCUUCCUCAGAUCCUGCAGCUCCAGGAUGAUCCAUACAACCACCGAACUCCAGAACCAUAUGACCACAAGUACCUGGAACCAUUUGGAUCCUGGAAGCGCUUCUCUCAUGUUUACACGGCGCCAGUGGAGUCAGACGACGACUCCUCGAUCGUGACCGGGGCACAGGUACAUGUGAGCAGCCAUGGGUUGAGGAAGGUCCUCUUCCUCCGCCUCAAUUUCUCCAAAGUCAGCAAUGCUGCGCUUGUCAAGAACCCCGAGUGGGAAGGGUCGCCGAAUCUGGGGCAGAAAUCUGGCCUCAUCUCGACGCUCAUCAGCACGCAUUUCUCUACGGCGGCUCAGAAGCCUGCCCCUCGCCCUGCUGAUGUGAACAUCAACUCGGCUGUGUACCCAGGUGGUCCGCCAGCGCCAGCGCAGGCACCAAAGCUUCUCAAGUAUGUGGACACAGCAGAGAUGGUGCGCGGACCGCAGGACACGCCGGGAUACUGGGUGGUCUCUGGUGCCAAGCUGCAGCUGGAGAGGGGCAAGAUAUCGCUGCGGGUGAAGUAUUCACUCUUGACAGACAUGGUACCUGACGAUGAGCAUCCACUUGAUGAAUGA